AUGUCGGUGGUGGGCAUAGACCUGGGCUUCCAGAGCUGCUACGUCGCUGUGGCCCGCGCCGGCGGCAUCGAGACGAUCGCUAACGAGUACAGCGACCGCUGCACGCCGGCUUGCAUUUCUUUUGGUCCUAAGAAUCGUUCAAUUGGAGCAGCAGCUAAAAGCCAGGUGAUCUCCAAUGCAAAGAACACAGUCCAGGGGUUUAAAAGAUUCCAUGGCCGAGCAUUCUCUGAUCCAUUUGUGGAGGCAGAAAAAUCUAACCUUGCAUAUGAUAUUGUGCAGCUGCCCACUGGAUUAACUGGUAUAAAGGUAAAAUAUAUGGAGGAAGAGCGAAAUUUUACUACAGAGCAAGUGACUGCCAUGCUUUUGUCCAAAUUGAAGGAGACAGCAGAAAGUGUUCUUAAGAAGCCUGUUGUGGACUGUGUUGUUUCGGUUCCUUGUUUCUAUACUGAUGCAGAAAGACGAUCAGUGAUGGAUGCAACACAAAUUGCUGGUCUUAAUUGCUUACGAUUAAUGAAUGAAACUACUGCAGUUGCUCUUGCAUAUGGAAUCUAUAAGCAAGAUCUUCCUGCCCUAGAAGAGAAACCAAGAAAUGUAGUUUUCGUAGACAUGGGGCAUUCUUCUUAUCAAGUUUCUGUAUGUGCAUUUAAUAGAGGGAAACUUAAAGUUCUGGCCACUGCAUUUGACACAACACUGGGAGGCAGAAAAUUUGAUGAGGUGUUAGUAAAUCACUUCUGUGAAGAAUUUGGGAAGAAAUACAAGCUAGACAUAAAAUCCAAAAUUCGUGCAUUAUUACGACUGUCUCAGGAGUGUGAGAAACUGAAGAAAUUGAUGAGUGCAAAUGCUUCAGACCUCCCUUUGAGCAUCGAAUGUUUUAUGAAUGAUGUUGAUGUAUCUGGGACUAUGAAUAGAGGCAAAUUUCUGGAGAUGUGCGAUGAUCUCUUAGCUAGAGUGGAGCCACCACUUCGUAGUGUUUUGGAACAGGCCAAGUUAAAGAAAGAAGAUAUUUAUGCAGUGGAGAUAGUUGGUGGUGCGACACGAAUCCCUGCAGUGAAAGAGAAGAUCAGCAAAUUUUUUGGAAAAGAACUUAGUACAACAUUAAAUGCUGAUGAAGCGGUCACUCGAGGCUGUGCAUUGCAGUGUGCAAUCUUAUCGCCUGCUUUCAAAGUCAGAGAAUUUUCUAUAACUGAUGUAGUACCAUAUCCAAUAUCUCUGAGAUGGAAUUCUCCAGCUGAAGAAGGGUCAAGUGACUGUGAAGUCUUUACAAAAAAUCAUGCUGCUCCUUUCUCUAAAGUACUCACCUUUUAUAGAAAGGAACCUUUCACUCUUGAGGCCUAUUAUAGCUCUCCGCAGGAUUUGCCCUAUCCAGAUCCUGCUAUAGCUCAGUUUUUAGUUCAGAAAGUCACUCCUCAGUCUGAUGGCUCCAGUUCAAAAGUGAAAGUCAAGGUGCGAGUAAAUGUCCAUGGCAUCUUCAGUGUGUCUAGUGCAUCUCUAGUGGAAGUGCUCAAGUUUGAGGAAAAUGAGGAACCGAUGGAAACAGAUCAGAAUUUUCGGGAUUUGAUACGACCUGUUUUUCAGAAGAUGCAAGUGGAUCAGGAGGAACCACAUGCUGAAGAGCAGCAGCAGCACACGCCAGCAGAGAAUAAGGCAGACCACCCAGGCGCCCCUAAAGAUAGUGUUUUAAAUAAUAAGAUGGACCAACCACCCCAAGCCAAGAAGGCAAAAGUGAAGACCAGUACUGUGGACCUGCCCAUUGAGAAUCAGCUGUUAUGGCAGAUAGACAGAGAGAUGCUCAACUUGUACAUCGAAAAUGAGGGUAAGAUGAUCAUGCAGGAUAAACUGGAGAAAGAGAGGAAUGAUGCCAAGAAUGCUGUGGAAGAGUACGUGUACGAGAUGAGGGACAAGCUUAGCGGCGAGUAUGAGAAGUUUGUGAGUGAAGCUGAUCGUAACAGUUUUACCCUGAAAUUAGAAGAUACUGAAAACUGGUUGUAUGAGGAUGGAGAAGACCAGCCAAAGCAAGUUUAUGUUGAUAAAUUGGCAGAAUUAAAAAAUCUAGGUCACCCUAUUAAGAUGCGAUUCCAGGAAUCUGAAGAAAGACCAAAAUUAUUUGAAGAACUAGGGAAACAAAUCCAACAGUAUAUGAAAGUAAUCAGCUCUUUCAAAAACAAGGAGGACCAGUAUGACCAUUUGGAUGCUGCAGACAUGAUGAAGGUGGAGAAAAGCACAAAUGAAGCCAUGGAGUGGAUGAAUAACAAACUGAAUCUGCAGAACAAGCAGAGUCUGACCGUGGAUCCAGUUGUCAAGGCAAGAGAGAUUGAAGCUAAAAUUAAGGAGCUGAUGAAUAUCUGUAGCCCUAUAAUUUCAAAGCCCAAACCCAAAGUGGAACCUCCAAAAGAGGAGCAAAAAAAUGCAGAGCAGAAUGGACCAGUGGAUGGACAAGGAGACAGCCCAGGCCCUCAGGCUGCCGAGCAGGGUACAGACACAGCUGUGCCUUCGGAUUCAGACAAGAAGCUUCCUGAAAUGGACAUUGAUUGAUUCCAACAAUUGUUUAUAUU